CAUAAUGGAAUUAGUGGUGGACACCAAGGUUGUUCUUUCAAGUUACAUCCUUUCAUUCCUGGGUGGCUUUCCUGCCAACCUCCUGGCACUUUAUGCUUUUAGUGUCAAGGUCCACUCCAAGCCACGUCCAACAGACAUCCUGCUUCUCAACCUGACCAUUUCAGACCUGCUUUUAUUGAUCAUCCUCCCACUCAAGAUGCAUGAGGCAGCAUCAGGCUUGAAAUGGACUCUGCCCAACUUCUUGUGCUCCAUCACCUCGUACAUCUUCUUCUGCAGCAUCUACACCAGCUCCUUGUUGUUGAUGGCGGUCAGUGUUUUCCGCUACUUAGGAGUGGUAUUCCCUGUCACCUAUCAAAGGCUGCAAAAACCAGUGUACCCAAUUGUUGUCACUGCUGUUAUCUGGCUUAUUUCCGCAGCACACUGCACCAUCACUUUCAUCGUCCUGCACCAUCCAUCCCUGGCCAGCAAGGAUGCCAGUAUGUGUUACGAAAACUUCACUGAGACUCAGUUGGAUAUCCUCCUCCCUGUGCGUUUUGAGGUUUUCGUUGUGCUCUGCUUUUUACCUCUUAUAGUUUGCAUUUACUGCUACUUGCAUUUGAUUGUGGCUUUAUACAGCCGCCCCAGGAUAUCCUGGAUGCAGAAGAGGAGAGCUAUCGGCAUGGCCGCAGGGACUCUUGCUGUGUUCCUCAUUUGUUUUUUGCCAUACAAUUUCUCUCAUUUCCUUGGUUACGUGGAACAUAAAAGCCCAAAGUGGAGGUAUUACACUCUCCUGCUUAUCACCUUCAACACCUGUAUAGAUCCAGUCAUCUUCUACUUUUCCUCCUCCAUCUUCCGCAUUAAAUUAAAGAAAUCCUUUUUCAGGAGAUUUAAUGUGGUAAAUGGGUAA